AUGAACCAGCGUCAGAAGUGCUGUCUUCACUGCCCAGGGACCUGGGUGUCCUCUCAAGUGCGAAGGGAGCACACUUGUCGGUUACCCACCUACAUAAAGGGUAAUUUGAAGCUCUCCUCUCUGAAGCAGUACGUCGCCGGUGAAGACGAGAGACGGGAGAGACUCGCACGACACGGCUCCGAAGAAUCUCCCGAGAAGAGAGCGAUGUCUAGACAAAAUUCCGUUUACGAUAGAUUUGCGAUAGCCCGAAAAUUUCAUGCCGAGAAUCUGGAGCAUCAGCCACUGCCUGAUAAGGUUGACGACUCGGUUUUCAGGAAUGGCAGGUCUGAUCGCGGUGGCUUGUUCAGCAAAUCGUCCCCUGAUUUGACAAAAAUCGAUGGGGGGAACCGAGGUACGAGGAAUCAGAAACUACGAACAGCCUUGCAAUACGGUCCCAGUCUCGGCUGCAAGGUUCCAACCACCAACAUGGACCUAGCCAUCUGCUGGGAGGCACCAAUCGAUCCAAAUUACGAGCCCAUGUGGCCUGUUCACAUUGACGGCUCCGACGGUGGUCCCGCACCAGCCGUUUUUGCUCUAGUGCAGCACGAACCAGGCGACGAAAAAUCGUUCAAAACCCCGGUGGAGAGAUUCGAAGCUAAAUUUAUAAACGUCAAGGGCCGCAGCAGACGAGAGGACCAGACCUGCCAAACGUGUGAGGAGGAUAACGAGAAUGCCAACGACCUGUGUGAAAAUUUCGAUGGCAUCCACAUCACCGACGACGAGGAUAAUCGUCUCGUGAAAUCGGCGACCUAUGGUUGCCCAAAUCCCAGGAAGCGACAGCCCGUUCAUCUGAGGAGUUGCACGCCCUGUCUCUGCAGGGGUGACAGACUAAGAAGAGCUAGGUGCAUUCACUCGGCACCACACCACGGGGCCAAGGGCAUCAAGAGAAAUGGACUGUCCAACAAGGUUACGGUGCCCAGGCCCAGGACACCGUACGCCAAAAGAAAUUUUUGCAUUGAUACCUUGACUCCUCCGUUCACUAUUAUCGAAGGGUCCAGGGAUGCUGAUUAUCCAGAACACUGGAGGCUCAUGUCGGUUUAUCAACAGUCUUACAGAAAUCCGAAGAACGAAUGAAAGCCCCUAGAAUCAAUAAC